UCAAAAUGGCGCCCUCCGGGAAGGAUGUUCCGGCAGAAACGAAGGGAGAGAAUGUUUCUAAUAGGGAAUGUUCGACGGAUGGGUAUGAUUUAAAACAUUUUCCCGGGAGGAAAAAUCAUAUGAAAAAUUGGAUAGAAGAAUCUUUAAGCGCAAAGCCUACCGAUCAUUUGAAAUGCGAACAACACGUGUGCGAAGUUAUGGAGAAGAGUCCUUUGGUCAAAUUAAUGAUCAGUGCAUUACACAGUUCAGGUUGUGAUUUUGAUCUUAAACGUCACGUGGUAUGUGAACCUUGCGAUGAUAUAGUAAGUGGAGGUUAUGAUCCUGAAUUAAAUCAGGUUAUAAUAUGUCAGAAUGUGGCCAAAUCAUCUGGAAGAGUGCAAGGAGCAAUGAGUCAUGAGUUAAUACAUAUGUUUGAUUAUUGCAGAGCUAAUAUGGAUUUUAAAAAUCUGGACCAUUUAGCAUGUACAGAAAUACGAGCAUCUAAUCUAUUGCAUUGUUCGUUUCUUGGUGCAGUAGUCGAUGGAGUAGCGUCACCAAUUAACAUAGCAAAACGGCAUGCUGAUUGUGUGAAAAAACGAGCAAUCUAUUCCGUUCUGGCAGUACGUGACGUAACGUACGAGGAAGCCAGCAAAGCGGUAGAAAGAGUUUUUACCAAAUGUUACAAUGACUUAGAACCAAUCGGUCGGAGAAUAAGACGCAAGUCUCUCGACAUGGAAAAGGCAUACAGGGAACGAUAUCAUUACGGUUAUGUAGAUCCAUGAUAACUGGAAUGAUAUUAAUCAUUUGUAUUCUUAGUUAGGUUUCCUGAAUUAAUGAAAUUGUACAGAUAUAGAACAAUAAACUUCAGGUAAUUACCAAAUUUAUGCUCUAGAAUAUUGUAUCAUCGUUUCAUUGUUACUGUUUUUUUGGCAUGAAUAAGAAAAACAUGAUCAUCCUGCAUAUGCUAUGUGCCUACAAUUAAAGAUUAGAUGUUCACAGCUCUCUGUAGAAAAAACUAUUGGGCAAAUCUCAAUCAAAUUUGGUAAUCAUACUGUCCAAAAUAUUUGAUUUUCGGAAAAACUUUACUUCAAAAUUCAGCCGCUAGGGCAUAAUUGCUGUUGCUGUCCCCUUAAUAUGUGUAUUAUGUACAUUUUCCAACAAAUUUUGGGAGUUAAAGGUCAAAAUUAAAUGUCAAUGUAAAAUGAAGUACUGUACAAUAUUUUUUGCUAUCAUUUGGAUGUAAGUCAUUUAACUUAUUUGUUGUAAUCAUUUUGGCUGUUUUCUGUUUUAACAGUUAAAUUUGGAAAAACUAUUAAUUGAUGUUUUCCAGGAUUUUUUCGACUUCCAUAUAGACUUUAUUCUAAAAACUGUUCCUAUGAUAAAGUUCCUUUUUCCAUAUUUGCCUGGACGAAGCCCAGGCUUCUGGGGUAACAUUUGCACUUUCCUGUUCGAUUUUUAAAAAAUUCUGUUUGAUGAUUUUGGUGUCAAAAUGUUAUGGCAUGUGCUUAAUUAACUCUGAGAAAAGAUAUAUUCAUAAAAUGAAAGUGUCAACUUACAUCUCUUUGAUGCUUACUAACAAAAAUGUAUUUUGACAUUUUUGGGUGCUGUUUUUUAUAUAAAGUGCAGAGUUUGGUGAAUUUCAGCUGAACUACAGAAAUGUUAUACCAGGUCAAAGAAAAACUGUACCAGAUUUACGUCCCUCAUCCCCACUAGAUGGCGCCACAUCACCUAGCUCUUUGGUCUCCUCUGCUGUAAUUGCAUGUCCAGGUCUGUACCAUUUAAAUGAGAACUGAUUUUAUUAUUAUUUUAUUUAUUUUUUAGUUUAAUUUAAUUUCUUUAUUAUCUGUACUUUAUAAGUGAUUUAUUG